CCUCUCCCCCUCCCCCACCCCUGGUGAAAACUGCGGGCGCUGGGCAGGGUGCAGCAACUGGAGGCAGCGGCGCGCCUUGAGGCUACAGCAGCGGAGGACAGGAGCUCAGAUCCAGAACUGAGCUCUUGACACCAUGAACCCUGCCAUCGGUAUCGCUCUCCUGCUAACAGUCUUGCAGGUAGCCAGUGGGCAGAAGGUGACCAGCCUGACGGCCUGCCUCGUGGACCAGAGCCUUCGUCUGGACUGCCGCCAUGAGAAUACCACCACUAUACCUAUCCAGUACGAGUUCAGCCUGACCCGUGAUUCAAAGAAGCACGUGCUUUUUGGCACCGUGGGGGUGCCUGAACACACAUACCGCUCCCGGACCAACUUCACCAGCAAGUACAACAUCAAGGUCCUCUACUUAUCCAGCUUCACCACCAAGGACGAGGGAGUAUACACAUGCGAACUUCGCCUCUCUAGCCAGCACCCUACCUCCUACAACAAGACUGUUUCUGUGUUCAGAGAUAAACUGGUCAAGUGUGGAGGCAUAAGCCUGCUGACCCAGAACACCUCGUGGUUGCUGCUGCCCCUGCUCUCCCUGCCCCUCUUGCAAGCUAUGGAUUUCAUCUCCCUGUGAUUGGUUGGACCCACAAAAGACACAGGAAGCCACAAGGCCCGGUCCCGAGAUCCUACUUCUCUUGAGUCGGCUGCCCCCCUCCUCCAAUCCCUUAUACAUCUUGGGGGGAAAUGGGGACCCCACCCCUCAUAAGGAAUUCCAGUGCUGCAUGCCAUUAUCUACCCACUCCCCCACUGCCACCUCACAUUCUCUCCUCACGCUACUGGCUUUUUGUCCUCUUUGUUCCAGAGCUGCUUCUGUCUGGUUUAUUUAGGGCUUAUCCAUCCUUUUCUGUGGGAGUUUGUGAAAAAGGGAAGCCAGUAUUGGGGACCUGAUGGAGAGUGAGGGCAUGUGAGGGGUUGUAAGAUGGAGAAGUACCAGUUGCUGAGGGAGUCAUCCUUGCCCACCGGGACUAGAAGCCUGGGAGAGACCAUGAUGAGGAGAGAGGUGGGGUAUGUUUGGGUCUAGUGAGUCUCCAAGCAGGCAAGGAGGCACCCAAAGACCUUGGAUGUGAGGGCACCACUAAGCAAUUGUGGUCCAUCACAUGAGAGGAGUACUGAGCAUCUCCAGAAGCAUUCUCUGCCACAGCAAAAAAGCUGUCCUCUUACCACUGCAGAAGUCCCCUAGGGGCCUUGGGCCAGAGGCAUGGUCCAGUGGAAAUGCAGAUUCUGCCUGGGGAACAGUGCUAAUAGAGGGUUGGAGAAGCAAGGUAGAGGAAGGGUCCAUCAUACCUCCCUACCUGAGAAUGCUAAAAAUCGGAGCCUACUGUCCCUCACUGCCUCAACCAGCAGUUGAAAGGGCGGUAGAGUAGGAAAAGUCCCCUCCCUGGCUGUCCCAAGUUUCUAAGAGCUUCUGGAACUCCGGAGGCAGCAAGGCAGGCCAGAGGGAGCCCCAGAGCUGUGCAGUUUGGCUCAAGUGUUUCUUCAGGAGGCUUUUCCUUCCCUCCCAGUCAGUGCCACCCUAGCUGACUGGUGCCUGAUCCUCAGACAGCCCCCUGCCCUACAGGCCUGACUUCUUGGGGAUCUCUGAAGGACCUGAGGCAGGCCAUGGAGUGAGACCCACGAGAGGACACACCUUGAGAGAUGGCUUUUCCCAACAUCCAGCUUCCCACCCAGCGGCUCUGCCCACAUAGUUUAUGGCAUCUCAAUGAGGAAAAAAAAAAUGCACAAUAAAACCAAGUCUCUGGAAACUGUCCUGACUCUGCUUUGCCCCUCCGUGUGUCCUCAGGCAUGCCCUCCUCCACGCAUCCGGGAAGUCCAGCCUGCCACCUCUUCCUCUUUGCCUUCAUCGGCCCUUCUCCUCCCUGCCACCAGGGUGGACCACUGCAUGCUGGGCUUCUCAGAAUGACUUUAACAUGACACAUUUGCCCAAAUAAAUGAAUGUUCCAUCUCUGCUGA